CAAGCUCCACCUCCGCCGGUUCGAUUUUGCGGAAGCCACCGCCCCCUCGCCUCCGCCGCCGCCGCCGCCGCGGAUAACUCCGGCGGCUCUCGUCGGUUCUACUGUGGAAACUGUGAAGCGACUUCCCCCCUCCAUCCUUCCAGUUGCGGAGAACGGGGGGCAGAGCGUUAGGAACUCGGGAGGGCUGACCACGCCGAAGCAUGCUGCACAACAAGUCCUUCGUCAAGAAGACGAAAUCGGGCAAAAUCACCAAGAAUGUGAGGGAACACUAUCUGCGGGACGAUAUCUACUGCGGAGUCCCGAUAUGCAAAGCCUGCGACUCCUCCGCCGCUCGCCUGAGCGGCUCCGCCUCUUCCCCGAUCCUCGUCCUCGACACGAACGUCGUUCUCAAUCAGAUUGAUUUGCUUGAGAAUCCGGCGAUUGACGAUGUCGUCGUGCUGUCUAUCGUGCUCCAAGAGGUCAGGAACAGGAAUUUGUCCGUCUAUAAUAGAAUCAGAGCGCUCUGCAGCAAUUCGGCAAGGAACUUCUUUGUCUUCUCGAAUGAGCACCACAAGGAUACGUUUGUCCAGGACAUGGCAGGUGAAAGUAAAAAUGAUAGGAAUGAUAGAGCUAUACGUGUGGCGGCUCAGUGGUAUCAGCGUCAUCUGGGUGGUACUGCUCAGGUUCUGCUCAUAACCAACGACAGGGAGAAUAAGAGGAAAGCUACAGAAGGGGGCAUUCCAGCAGAGACCAUUGAAGCCUAUGUGAAAUCACUGGACCGCCAGGAUCUGCUAGAUUUGCUUGUGCGUCCUGCAUCAGAGGAUGUAGACAUGGAAGAAGUUGAAGAUUUAAGACCAUCAAAGAGGAAAGUUAUGUAUGCUGAGCACAAGCCCCUAUCUGAAAUUACUUCUGGGUUGCAUCGAGGAAUAUUUCACCAAGGGAAGCUUCGUGUUAAUCGAUACAAUCCUUUCGAAGCAUAUGUUGGAAGUGAAAGUAUUGGUGAUGAAAUCAUUAUAUAUGGGCGUGGAAAUAUGAAUCGAGCUUUUGAUGGUGAUAUUGUGGCGGUGGAACUACUGCCUCAAGAUCAGUGGCAUGAGGAGAACUCUUUAUCAUUAGCAGAUGAAGAGGAUGAAGAGGAAGGAGUUCAUCUGGUCCCGGGCAGUGCAGAUGAUGCCCCUAGGACAACAAAUCUGGUACAGGGUGCUGCUGGUCCACCUCCAUACCGCCCAUCUGGCCGGGUUGUUGGUAUCAUAAAGAGGAACUGGCAUUCUUAUUGUGGAUCUUUGGAGCCUAUGCCCAUGCCGGCGGGAGAUGGGGGUGUUGCACAUGCGCUAUUUGUUUCUAAGGACAGGAGAAUUCCAAAAAUUCGCCUCCAAACUCGACAGCUUGGAAACCUUCUGAACAAGAGAAUUGUCGUGACCGUGGACUCCUGGGACCGUCUUUCACGCUAUCCUUCUGGGCAUUAUGUUCGUACAAUUGGAGAAAUAGGUGAUAGAGAUACAGAAAGCGAGGUUGUAUUAAUUGAGAAUGACAUUGAUGCAAGGCCAUUUUCUUUCCAAGUAUUGGCAUGUUUGCCUCCAUUACCAUGGUCAGUCUCCUCAGAAGAUUUGGUAAAUCCCAUCAGGCAAGAUUUACGGCAUUUGUGUGUCUUCAGUGUGGACCCUCCAGGAUGCAAGGAUAUUGAUGACGCGCUGCACUGCACAGCCCUUUCCAGUGGAAAUUUUGAAGUUGGAGUUCAUAUUGCUGAUGUGACAAACUUUGUGCACCCUUCUACACCACUGGAUGAUGAGGCUGCGCAAAGGGGCACAUCUGUUUACCUUGUUGAGCGCCGCAUUGAUAUGCUUCCAAAGCCUUUGACAGAAGAUAUAUGUUCACUUCGGGCAGAUGUGGAGAGACUGGCUUUUUCUGUUAUCUGGGAAAUGACACCUGAAGCAGAGAUAAUAUCCACAAGAUAUGCAAAAAGUAUUAUCAAAUCAUGUGCAGCUCUGUCUUAUAUUGAAGCUCAGGCAAGGAUGGAUGACAGUCGGUUGGCGGAUCCUUUAACUACAGAUUUGAGGAAUAUGAAUACAUUGGCAAAGAUUAUGAGGCACAGGCGUAUUGAGAGAGGAGCCUUAACACUUGCUUCUGCCGAGGUCAAAUUUCAAAUUGACACUGAGACUCAUGACCCUCUUGAUAUUGGCAUGUAUCAGAUUCGAGAAGCAAACCAAAUGGUGGAGGAGUUCAUGCUUGCUGCCAAUGUUUCAGUUGCUGAAAAAAUCCUUAAACACUAUCCUCUAUGUUCCCUGUUGAGGCGGCAUCCUAUACCGACUAAAGAGAUGCUUGAACCAUUGCUGCGUACAGCUGCUUCUGUUGGUCUUGACUUGGACGUCUCUUCAUCAAAAGCACUGGCCGAUUCGCUCGACCGUGCAGUGGGAGAAGAUCCAUAUUUUAACAAAUUGAUACGAAUACUCGCAACUAGAUGCAUGACACAGGCAGUAUAUUUCUGUAGUGGCGACUUGACUCUGCCAGAAUACCAUCAUUAUGGGCUGGCUGCCCCAUUAUAUACUCAUUUUACUUCACCUAUCAGGCGAUAUGCUGAUGUCAUUGUGCACAGGUUGCUUGCUGCAUCAUUAGGAAUUUACAAGCUUCCAGCCGUAUUUCAAGACAGACCCCAGCUAACAAGUAUUGCUGACAAUCUGAAUUAUCGACAUAGAAAUGCUCAGAUGGCUAGUAGAGCCUCAGUGGAGCUCCAUACACUCAUCUACUUCAGGAAGCGGCCCACUGACACCGAAGCUAGAAUUGUCAAGAUUAGAUCCAAUGGCUUUAUCGUUUUUGUACCCAAAUUCGGGAUCGAAGGACCUGUAUACUUGACAGAGAGAAGUGAGAAGGGAGGCGGGGAAUGGUUUGUUGACGAACAGCAACAGAAGAUAAAAAAGAUGGAUGGAAGCAUUAGUUACGGGGUCUUGCAGAAGGUGAACAUUCACAUGGAGGUCGUGGAGCCUCAGCCGAAUCGGCCAAAACUCCAACUUACCCUUGUUUAGGUAUGUAAAAAUAGACAAGUUUAGUGUAGCAGCAACACCAAGUCUGCUAUUGAGUAAUGGAGCUCGUCCAUUGAAAUCAGGGUAAAGAACUUUGCCGAUCUCAGUGCCUCCCCAAAAUCAGAGUUUGUCGGGGGAGCAAUAUAACUGACGGUGUUCGCCUGCAUAGAUUAGAUUCUUCCUUUUUUGUGGGGUGAGGGUACUGCAAAGUAAUUUUAUGUAUUGCCAUUCAAACUGUCUGUUUUUGAUCUCCUUUAAUUUCUCUAAAACCUGUUUGCACAUAUCUUUGAUAUGAAGUGGGGCUUUUUCUUUUCUUUUUC